UUAUCUUCUCUUAUUUAUUUGAAAGAAACCAAACUCGGGUUGUAUUCUCUAAUUUGGACAAUUCUACAGAGCAUAGAUGGUACACUCAAAAGGUUGAUAAUCACACAGGAGAACGAUAUGGUGCUGUACGUUUAGUUCCACCUAUUCGUCCGAAUGACUCAUUAUGGUUUUCUGAUGCUUUGAAGGGUGUGAGCCGAAGUCCAUCGUAUGGACAUGGAUGGGGACAUGAUAGAGAUAAUAUGUUUUUCUUUACUGCUCCAGUGGAUAAAUUUACUGUGAUUUCUGUUGGCAUUAAAGUAAAAGAUUUUAUUCAUUAUUUAUUUUCCACAAAGCUACAUGAUGCGCAUGCUUUUGUAUUGACAAGAGAUAGUUUGUAUUUUUUUGACGGUAAUAAUGCAAAAACCCUAAAGGUGAUAAAUGUGAGUGUCGGCUUGCCCAGGAAUGAAAUGAUUGGUGAUUCUUGUAAUGGAAUUAUUAAUGCACAAUUGUUUUCUCGUUCAUCAAUCACAAAACAGUUGAUGAAAAAGAGCAAAAAAGUUAUGCUUAGGUGUGCUUCCAUCCAUCUUUCUGAAAUCAUAAUGGUUAUAAUAAUUGCAUUUCCUGCGAAGGAUUUUAUGCUUUCUUUGCAAAAAGUGAAAGUUACGAUGGCCUUAUUAUUGUCUUUUUUUAUUCUAAUUGCAAUUAUCGGCAGUUGUAUAUCUUCGAAGCUUUUUAUGAGAUUACAAAGACAAAAGACAUACGCACUUGCUAAUCUUAUUAAGCAGAAGGAGGCGACUCAACAAGCUGAAAGAAAAAGUAUGAACAAAAGUAUAGCUUUUGCAAGUGCUAGUCAUGAUGUGAGGGCUUCUCUGGCUGGCAUUACGGGAUUAAUUAAAAUUUGCUUCGAUGAAGUCCUUGAUUCUGAUGUGGCUAGAAACUUAGCACAAAUGGAUUGUUGUGCAUCAAAACUAUUGGGUAUUUUGAAUUCUGUUCUUGAUAUAAGCAAAGUGGAAGCAGGAAAAAUGCAACUUGAAGAAGUGGAAUUUAAUAUUGCUCAGGCUAUUGAAGAAUCUGUUGAUAUUUUCUAUGUCGUUGGACUUGCCAAAGGUCUUGAGGUAAUAUGGGAUCCUUGUGAUUUCUCAGUUUUGAUGUCUUCAAAUGUCAGAGGUGAUUGCCGACGAUUCAAACAAGUUUUGGAUAACCUUCUUAGCAAUGCCGUAAAGUUUACAUCUGAGGGUCAUGUUAUUGUGCGUGCUUGGGCUAGGAAGGCCAGUCCAAAAAAUACCGAGCUCACUUCAAUCCAAGAGAGCCAUUUUUCUACCAUACCAUCCUUUUUGUCAAGAUGUUGCUGUAAUAUUGGAAGUGUUUAUUCAGAUAAAAAACCGCCUGAUUCUAUUUAUCACGGCGAAGGUGACAUGGAGUUUAUUUUUGAAGUAGAUGAUAGUGGCAUUGGGAUCCCAAAAGACAAAAGAGCUUCUAUUUUUGAAAACUAUGUUCAAGUAAAAGACUCAAACGUAGGAUACGAAGGCACUGGCCUGGGUCUUGGAAUUGUCCAAUCCUAUGUUCGAUUGAUGGGUGGGGAUAUUGGCAUUCGAGAAAAGCAACAGGGUGAAAGUGGAAGUUGUUUUAUGUUUAAUAUUUUCAUGAAGUCUAUUGAUGUUUCUUCUAAUAAUACCGAAGAAGGUUUGAAUUCAUGCAACAUUCCAAUAUUGAAUAGGUUGCAUUCACUUUCCUCCAAAACAAGAUCAAGGGUGCAAUUAGAUACUCAUGCCGUGGCAAAUACGCAACGUAUUGUCGAUGGAAUACAAUGCCUACUUGUAAUUCGUAGCGCCGAAACAAGACGGAUUUUGAAAGAUUGGAUGAGAAACCUCGGUGUCAUGGUAAGCGUAGCUCAGCAACCUGAAAAAAUGUAUGCCAUAUUGUUGAAGAUGAUCCAUAAUUACAACGUCCAUGACAGUGAUGAUUCGGGCUUACCUUCUAGCGGUGAAGAUAGUGAGUUUUCUAGUUCCAAAGAUGAGAAUAAUCAUGUUUUGCCACUUAGCCUAAAAGAUCUAUCAAAGAAAACAAGCUUAAAAGGUUCACUGAAGUAUUUGGUGGUUAUUCUUGAUUUGGGUUUUGGAAAUUUCUCUGAAAUGCAUAACUUCUUAGCCUGUCUCCCAAAAAGUCCCCAUUACUUUCGUCAGUAUAAAGUUAUUUGUUUGACUGAUUCGACUGCAUCUCGUUCACAAAUUCCGUGUGAUCUUAUGCUACAUAAACCCUUACACGGUUCACGUUUUUGUAAGAUUUUGGAACUUAUGCAAGAAUUCAGACAAACAAAUGAAGAACUGAAACCAGAGAUUGCACAAGAGUCCAACAAAACAAAUGAGGUGGAGAAAAGAAAUUUGUUGAAUUCUGCACACCCUAAACAUGAUAAUUUUGCGAUGUUUAAGGACGAAAAUGAGAAAAAAUCUUUACGUGGCAUGAAGAUAUUACUAGUGGAAGAUACACCUUUUUUACGUCAAAUUGCAUCUGAAAUGCUUUCGCGUUCUGGUGCAGCUGUCAAAUCCGUUAACAAUGGAUUUGAAGCGGUGAAUGUGGUAAAAAUAGAUUUACAAGAAAUAAGCCAUAUUUCUGAAGGAAGCUCAAGUCAUUUGCCAUUUGAUUUUAUUUUGAUGGAUUGUGAGAUGCCUGUCAUGGAUGGAUACGAGGCAACAAAAUGUAUACGCACAGAAGAAGAGAAAUAUGGUAUCCACAUCCCUAUCAUUGCUCUAAGUGCUCAUGCUUCACCUGAUGAAGCAAAGAAAACACUUCUCUGUGGAAUGGAUUUUCAUCUGACAAAGCCAUUGGAUAUCAAAAAGUUGCUUGAAGCUAUUAAAUUGAUUUCCCAAAGCUAAACUACACAGAUGCAUUCAACUCAUACCAAUCUUACAAAAGCCAUGUCUAUCACAAAAGUAAAAGCCGCUCUCACGGUUAUUGGUUCACUGGCAGGGAUUAGAACCUGAAGAUACUUUUUUGGGUGGUUUUCAUACCCGGACUUUAUAAAUCCUCAUCCAAAUUAUAAAAACAGAGGAUAAGGUCAUUUUUGAAUGGAGAACUGAGAGAAGUCCAAUUCGGAGAAAUCCUACGCGUAAACAACACCAUCUGGGGAAGCCAAAUGAUUUUAUUUAAUUUUGCAAAUAUAGUUGCAUUUUUAUUAUUUCAUUUUUUUAAUGUUUUUUCUCUUUAGCUUUAUCUGUAAAUGUAUUUACCGGUUGUCUUAUGGAGUUCACAGAAUAAAAGUAUAAACCU